UCUCGCGACCAAUUCGUUGACGAUUUACUUGUAAAGGAACUGUGCUCAGAGUGUGCAUUGGACACUGCUGUCAUGAUGUGCCCAACGACGGCGUUAUAUUUCGUAGUCAUGUUGCUGUCAUUGACUACUGCGCAAGAUACAUCAACAGAUGACAUUAACAAAUUGGAUAACAUAGAGGUGAAACCUUCGGCUAGAUUAGAUCCUUACAUUAGGAAAGCUUUAUUAAGAGCGCUUAGUGAACUUGAAGAAAGUGGGGAUAUUACAACAGCCUCGGACGCUAGCGAUGGACCUUUAAGCACGAACACUGGAAUUCAACUAAACGAAGACUUCACCGAAACUCAGACAGCUAAAGAAGGUAUCCAAAUACAUUCGUUUGUCGUAAAUGGGCAGGCAGCUUUUGAAAACAGCACAAGCUUUAAUCCAACCGUCUUGGAAAAUAACAUUUCUAUAUUAAGUACAACAGCUGGGAAUGUUGAAAAUCAAGCAACACUUACUCGUUCUACACUAUCUCCGAUAAAUGAUUAUUAUCGAACGAAAACCUCUGGAAUUAAUCAACAACAAGUAAGGAGUAUACCGACUUCAACAUUACAAAAUAUCAAAAAUGACGAAAAGGCAUCAUUCAAGCAAAAACUUUCAACAACGACCACAACGACCACGACCACGACUACGACUACAACUCCAAAACCAACGCACAAUGAAGAUGGUGAAAAUAUAGAAGACGUGGACAAAAGGGACGUUCAGGUCUAUCAAGCGCCAUUAGUUGCGGCUUUCACUGUUCAUCAAGACGCUAAUGGACUUCCCAAAAAGGUUAUACCACUUUAUCAACAGACUCAUGGCCAACAACUAUUAAGGCCUUCACCGACUAAUAUCGUGCCUAACGUAUUCACACCUCAACCACUGAGACAAACUAUCCCAUUGCCAACCAAUUUACCUAACAGAAACAUAAAUACUCAAAAUGAAUUUAUUGCACAUCAGUUCGUUUUACAAAAGGAGUUGGAAGAAAAACAAAGGAUUCUUGAGGAGCAAUUGCGUCUCCUGCAGCUACAGCAAAGUCAACAAGAAGAACUAUUGAGAAAACAACAAUUUCUUCUACAAAACAAGCAAGUACAGAAUAAUGUAUUUGACCAAUCUAGAAACCGAAACAUUCUGUCGAAUAAUCCUGUGAAUAAUUUUUCAGUACAGAAAAAUUCUCAACAAACUCAAUCGUUUAAUCAAAACGCUUUACGUCCACAAAAUUCAUUCUUAACUGUCCAGCCUAGUGUACCUGUGGAGCAAACUACAACCGUGUCUAAUCAGCAACAGCUUCCAAAUCGAGAAGCAGUUGAUUUUCUCUUACAAUUACGUAAUCACCAGUUUCCACUUCAAGAGAAUCAUCUACCCCAAGGCAUCGGUACGUUUUUACAACCAAGCCCUACGCAAAGUUUUCACCAAGGUUUAAACUUGAACCAAAUUUCCACAAAUCAACAAGUUCCUAAACAAAACACUCGUGUUUUCCGCCAAGAGGUAGGUGUUGGCAACUUAGGAAUCAACAAUCAAAACUACAAUCGCUUCAAUACUUUUAAUCCUGUUCACACGAACAGAUUUUUCCCGCAGCAAUCGAGAACCAAUCAAUUUACACCAGAUUUUGAGCUCAAGCAAUUAUUAUUCCAAACUGGACUGAAUGGACGACACAACGAAGAUUUGAAUAUUGUAUCUAAAGUUCUGUCUCUAAAUCAUGGCAUACCAUUGAAUAAUGUUUCAAACCGUUUACCUUUUGACAGUAGAAGACAAGUAAACACAUUUAUCUAA